CUACCAGGGCAAGAGCGGAGCUCGAAACCCGGCAGCCCGAGAGGAAGAAGAUGAACGGGGUCAGGUCAGAGCCUCCGGCCCAGUGGACCUCCAGCCGCCAACAGGGCGCCAGAAGCGGCCUCAGCGGCAGCCGCCAACCCCAAUAGCCGCUCUCGCUGCCCCGGAACUUGGAGGAGGGCGGCCCCAGCCGGGGACCGAGGCUCAGUGCCACCUGCGCGAUCGGCCGCACACCUGAGGGCUGCCCGCCCACGGACGGGACUUUCGGGCUCCGCAAAGCGUCCGUUCCUUCAAAGAAGGAACGGAAAAAUAGAAAGAAAGAACGAAAGAAAUCCAAGAGCGGGCUUCAUUGACCCAUGCCGCUGCCCUAUCUGGCUCCCCAGUUUUAUGAAAGCUGGGCGCUCUGACCCCACUUCCAUAAAACUGGCAGCCACCGAGACCCGGCUCUGAGAAGGCAAAGACUUGGCGAGCUCCACACUGCGCGGGAGGAGGCCGAGGCAGGUUAGAGGCGUGUCCGGGACAUCGGAGGCUCGACGCUGGGGGCUGACGCCGCUACCACCGCCGCCGGCGGCCACCACAGACCCAGCCUCGCAUUUCAAGACUGCGUACCACCAGCCAUCACCAUGUCCACCCCUGAGACCAAUGGGUCCGCCCCCCUCAUCCCGAACAGCCCAGUGACCAUCCCGGCGGUGAUGUUCAUUUUUGGGGUGGUGGGCAACCUGGUGGCCAUCGUGGUUCUAUGCAAAUCGCGCAAGGAGCAGAAGGAGACGACCUUCUACACGCUGGUAUGCGGGCUGGCGGUCACUGACUUGCUGGGCACGUUGCUGGUGAGCCCGGUGACCAUCGCCACGUACAUGAAGGGCCAGUGGCCCGGCGGCCAGGCGCUGUGCGAGUACAGCACCUUCAUCCUGCUCUUCUUCGGCCUGUCGGGCCUCAGCAUCAUCUGUGCCAUGAGCAUCGAGCGCUACCUGGCCAUCAACCACGCCUACUUCUACAGCCACUACGUGGACAAGCGGCUGGCGGGCCUCACGCUCUUCGCCGUCUAUGCGUCCAACGUGCUCUUCUGCGCGCUGCCCAACAUGGGCCUCGGCAGCUCGCGGCUGCAGUACCCCGACACCUGGUGCUUCAUCGACUGGACCACCAACGUGACGGCGCACGCCGCCUUCUCCUACAUGUACGCGGGCUUCAGCUCCUUCCUCAUCCUGGCCACCGUGCUCUGCAACGUGCUGGUGUGCGGCGCGCUGCUCCGCAUGCACCGCCAGUUCAUGCGCCGCACCUCGCUGGGCACCGAGCAGCACCACGCGGUCGCCGCCGCGGCGUUAGCCUUGGCCUCUUGCCGGGGCCACUCGGCCGCCGCCGCCUCCCCUGCCCUGCCGCGCCUCAGUGACUUUCGCCGCCGCCGGAGCUUCCGCCGCAUAGCGGGCGCCGAGAUCCAGAUGGUCAUCUUACUCAUCGCCACCUCCCUGGUGGUGCUCAUCUGCUCCAUCCCGCUGGUGGUCCGAGUGUUCAUCAACCAGUUGUAUCAGCCAAAUUUAGUACGAGAAAUCAGCAAAAAUCCCGAUUUGCAGGCCAUCCGCAUCGCAGCUGUGAACCCCAUCCUGGACCCAUGGAUAUAUAUCCUCCUGCGGAAGACAGUGCUCAGUAAAGCCAUCGAGAAGAUCAAAUGCCUUUUCUGCCGCAUCGGUGGGUCCCGCAGAGACAGUCCGGGACAGCACUGCUCGGACAGCAGGAGGACUUCCUCAGCCGUGUCCGGUCACUCUCGCUCCUUCCUGUCCCGGGAACUUAAGGAGAUCAGCAGCACAUCUCAGACCCUCCUUUACACGCCAGACCUCAGCGAGAACAGCCUCGGAGGCAGAAAUCUGCUUCCAGGCGUGCCUGGCAUGAGCCUGUCCCAAGCAGAUACCACCUCCCUGAGGACUUUGAGAAUAUCAGAGACCUCGGACUCCUCACAGGGGCAGGACUCAGAGAGUGUCUUGCUGGUGGACGAGGUGGGGCGGAGCGGCAGGGCCGGGCCUGCCCCAAAGGGGAGCUCCCUGCAAGUCACCUUUCCCAAUGAAACACUGAACUUAUCAGAAAAAUGUAUAUAGUAGCUAAGGAGAGAAAUACAGCACUGUUUCUGGAAGCUUCAAAUCCUGUGCAAUAGACACAUAAGUGACGUGUUUAGCUGUGCUCAGAAGGGCUAUUUUUGUCCUAUGACUCACGUUAGAGAACAUCUGGGUUUUGAGCACUUUGCAAACGGUCAAGUUGAUUUACAUGGCUCCUGAGGUCUGAAACACAUUGGUUGCCAGCUCUCUGUGACACAGGAUUUCAGUCACAACUUGAUCGCUGGGAAGAUCUACCUUCAGUUUUUCUACUUGACAGGAGGAUGGCAAAAGUUUUGCUAUUUUCGUAAUAUGACGAGCUUUAUAUCUGGCACACAGCAGAAGGCCAGGUAUGGAAGGGCUCUAGUUCCAUAAACUAGGAGGACUCUCUUAUGGAUGAUUUAAGUGUCUCACUAAAGCAUGAAAUGUGAAUUUUAUUGUUGUAAAUAUGAUUUAAUGUAUUUAAAGUGUUUUCUUCUCUGUGAGAAGGUUUAUUGUUAAUACAAGGUAUAAUAAAAUUAUGGUAACCCCUCUCCCAGUAUAACCCAGCUGAAUGAAGUUGCAGAUGUUAGAUUUUUUUUUUUCACAAGUUCAGGCCAAGGUGUUGAAAAUUCACAGUAAAAUUAUCUAUCAAAGGGACAUAGUUUUUUUUAAAGAGUUUAAUACUAUUAAAAGAAUAAAGAAAAAUAGUAUUUAAGGCAUGAAAAUUACAGCCCAACAUACUCAAGUUCUUACCAAACUAUGUGUAAUACAUAGUGAAAAUUUUUUUAGAGAUGGUUACAUGUAUUUAUCCAGAAAACUGUGAUUUCAGGAGAAUCUACCAUGCUGGCAAGUGUUUUCUACUUUUGUCCCCAUGAACUGGUACUUUUUAAAAUGUAACAUAAAUUUUAAAGUCUUUAAUGAAUAACCCAUAGUUGAGUGUACAAUAUAAAAAGUCUAAGCAGCUUGUUUUCCCCCCUGAAAUUGUGCAUAGUUUUACUUUCCUAAGGAAUGAUAUAGAAUAUCCUUUAAAAUUUGAGAAAGACAGAUUGUACCAGAAUGACCUUUACUUUGAGAUGUGAAAGGAUUGUUUACAUUAGCCUUUCACAGAUGUCGUAAGAGUGUGACAAGAUAAGGCGUGCGAAACCUGGGCAUGGAAGGGUCACCUUCUACAGUUUUGUGUCACACCCAGUAAUGCUGUACACAUAUUUGAAGGAAACUUUCUCAAAGAAAUAUUAAGCAUGUUUUGUGCUUAAAGUGUUUUUGUGAAUUGUCUGGUUGUUCAUUAAAUUCUGAGCCUGAUAGUGAUAUGGUUUUAAGAAGCAACUAUACCAACUGAAGUCAUUUUGGAGAUUGUAAUAAAUAAAUGCACUCAAUCUGAGUUCCAUAUCCUCAA